UAUGGGAGUCUAGUGACGUCACGGCGUAAGGAAAGGGAACAAAGAUGCGGCUAGUCGACAAUUUCAUGAAAAAAUCAUAGUAUUUCAUUGAAUUUCUUGGAAAUACUUACGCCAGAUGAUUCAGAUAUAGCCCUAGAAUACGUUAGAAUGUCCGUUUUUGUGUGCAAUAAUUGCCAAACCGAGAUUUCCGGCCAUGGAAUAAAAUGCAUCGAGUGCCCCGAUAUCGACCUUUGUUUACAGUGCUUCUCUUUGGGUGCUGAAGUUGGGAACCACAAGAGAGACCAUACAUACAACAUUUCUACGGGGCCAAUUAUUGGGGCAUUCAACUGUGAGGUACCAUGGACACUUGCAGAAGAAACAAUGUUACUCGAUGCUGUGGAACAGUAUGGAUUUGGAAACUGGGAAGAUGUGGCGAAUCAUGUGGAGAGUAAAAGUCCAGAACAGAGUGAAUAUCACUAUAAUCUAUACUACAUCAGGGGCAAUGUAGGAAAAGUGACCUUCUCUUCUGACCCUACUCCUAAAGUGACAGACCAUACAUGCCCAGAUGGACCUCUAUCCCCCAGUAUUUCUACUCCUAUUAGUCCUAUAGAGUUGUCUAUACAGGAGCAACAUGCACUUGGUUACAUGCCUCUAAGAGAUGACUUUGAAAGGGAGCAUGAUAACGAGGCGGAGACACUAGUCAGUAGUCUGAUGAUCAAUUAUGAUGAUGAUGACUUAGAUAUUGCUGUAAAAUUAGCUCAGGUAGAAAGAUAUCGACUACGGUUAAAAGAACGAGAUAGAAGAAAACAGUUUGCACGUGAACACGGUCUCAUCACUUCGGCUGCCCAGGCAGCUGCUACCGCUGCUGCUGCUCUUCCAGGAGCUAAACUUGCCAAAUUACCUACCAUCAAAUCUCCUCAAGUGAAAAAGGAAAAAGAGAAAGAUAAAGAAAAGAAAUUAAGCAAAGAAGAUAAGGAAUUCCAGGACAAAAUGAAGUCGUUUGCUCAAUGUCAUUCCUGUAAAGAACAUGAAGAUUUCCUAGAAAGUCACCAAAAAGAACGGGAGCUCAAAAACAGAAUCAAAGAUUUGUUCCAUUGUCGGAAAAAUGGUAUCACCAAAUUAGAGGAAGUUGAAAAGUUUGAAGAAGAAAGAUUGAAAAGAGAGAAAAAGAAAGAAUCGAAAUUAAAAAAGCUUGGCAGUAUUUCCCAAGGAAAACGACUUUUAAUGGCUUCAAAAAAUGUCGUAGAAGAAGAAAAACUAGAUAUACUCAUAGACGAAAGCGGAUCAAAAGAUGACGAAGAUUUUAUUGAGACAAAGGAGAUGUCUAAAUGUCCCGGCUAUGAUCUUCUGUCAGGAAGAGAGAGAAAGUUGUGUAACACAAUAGGUAUGACUCCGGCCAAUUACAUGACUGUGAAAACCUGCAUAGUUAAGGAUUACCUUCAUCGACGGAAUGGGUAUCCAGUAAAAAUACGUUACCCUAGUGGUAUGGACAAAACGCACAGGCGACGAAUUAUGAGUUUUCUUGCUGACAACGGCUGGAUAGGACUUACCUGAUAAACGUUCCAUAGCACACCUGUGAUAUUUAUCUAUAUAACACUUCCAAUCUUGUGAUAUGCAAAAAAUGGAGAGGACUUCGAGCGGAAGAGUAUAAUGUUGUUGUGGAAAGUGACAAGGAUGAGGAACUUUCUGUGGCAUUAGAGGGGAGAUCGUUCUACGUAUGGGAGAUCACUCUAUCUGUAUAUGGAGAUAACUAUAUUUUUGAAAUACUGGUUUCUCGACUCAAGACUUAGUACACUAUGUUCAGUGAUCACUAGAGGCUAUUGUGAUUGUUUAGCGAAUGUGAAAGGCAAUGUUUUCAAGUUGAGGUAAAAAUGCUCUUGGAGAAUUUUAUCUGAACUUUGUAUUGAUUGAAAGUACUAUGUACUCUAAGUUGUUUUAAGUCUGUUAUAGUGAGUGUAGGUUGGAUAUAUUGAUGCUGAAGUAUUGUGUAGAGCGACUGUAUUAGUACAGAAACUUUGAAUUUUUCAUCAAUUUAUGAAAUACUUGAAAAUCUUUGACAUAUCUGGCUUUCCAAUUAUCUCUUUAAAAACCUGUGAAAGUAGGGAAAUGUUAUUUUGCUUUGCAUAAGUAAAAGAUGGGAGUAUUUUUGAUUGAAAUUUCAAUAGUUUAUUUUUUUGUUCUUACCAAGAAAUGUUACAAAGUAUAUUUCUGACAUACUGCCAGCUCAAAAAAGGUGGAACCAUGUUUUAGCGGUGCAAGUUACAUGUUGAUGUGUUCAGAUUUGUUUGAAUGGUGUUCCUUUGUUGAAGGGGUUAACAAGUUGGACAUUUAUUAUUCGCCCCUGAAGAAAGUAAAUUUUGAAAUAUUGUUUUGCACGUAGUCGAUCAGUGGACAAUGUUUCAGUAUAAACUGUCAAAUGCUGUGGCCUUGGACUGUCAAACUUCAUAUGAUAAUUUGGUUUGGUCAAAGGAUAACUGAUAUUUUCUGGGGUCAAUAGGUGCAGACAUAACCAGCAAACUAAUGAUGGUUUCUAACCAAUAGCUAAAGAGCAUUUUUACAUUUGAUGGUCAAACUUAAUAGUCUAGUAGAUAUUCAGUAGAUGACUCCUAUUGUUUUAAGGGUCAUUUGUUUCAAGGUUAAGGUCAUAGCACAUAUGAGACAGUUCUGACCAGCCCUCAGGGAGAUGACGAGUGCCAGACUUAGUAUUUUACAAACAGCUCUUAUUGUAAUGCAUUUGUCAACUUUGAAGAAUUUUUGUGUUCAGAUUUUAUCAUUUUAAGUACUGCAUUUUCAUUACAUAUUUAUAAUCAUUCAUAAGCAUUCAUUUUUCAUACCGAGUUUAUUUCAACCACUGUCUUGUUUCAAAACCAUAAAACAUAAGUAAUAGAAAUGAAGUAAGAACGAAGUUCCUUCUUGAAUUUCAUUUUUAGUUAGUUCAAUAUAAUGACCUGGUGAAUUAGUAAGUUUGGCUGAGGUUUCUUUUCAUCAUUAUCAAGGUGGUUGUGAUGUCAGUGGAUGGCAGUAAGUCAUUCUUCUGGGUCUAGGAUCUUGUAAUUUACUUCUGUGGCAACAUUUUUCCUUACUGAAAACUGCUCAAUAUGAACUGGAUAUGCUCUAUAUGAACUGGAUACAAAAUAGGGUCUUGAAUGAAUAUUGCCAUUUUGGUGUUACAUUUUUAUGUGUCACUUUCCUAAAUCAUAUUUUUGUCUGUUAUUAACAUAUUUUUUAAGAAACUUGAUUUAGUGAAAUUUUGAAUCUCCAUUUUCCUUUUCAUUUAAUGCAUUUGAAUCAGUUUUUUUUGUCACAUUUUUAGUUGAAAACAGAAUUUAUCAAUUUGAUCCAAAUUUUCUUAUAUUUUGAUAAUUUUAUUUUUUUUCAUUUUGAUAAGAAGUUUUUCCCCUGUAUAGUUUGUUGUUGCUAAAAAUUUACUGUCUGCUUUGACAUUUUACGUAAGAGAUGAUAAAGUUCGCGCUCAUGUCUUUAUACAGUGAAACUUGUAUUAAACAGCCAGAGAAGGGAGCAAGUCAGUCGGGCUGCUUAAGGUAGGUGGUUGUAUAAGACAAGUUGAAAUUAGCAGAAAAAAAUUUGGGAAGUUAGCUGACUGGACACUUAAUGCAAGUGACUGCUAAAUAGAGGGGACUACAUAGGCUGGUUCAGCUGUAUUCACAGUUAGUUGCAUUGAAUUUUAUUGUGACUACAGCAAGUUGUUUACAAGUUCUUUCAAAAUGUUUAAUAGAUCAAAUGUUAAAGUUCUGUGUUCCAGAAUUGUUAAUUUCUCUUGUUAUAAAUGUUACAAAGAUAUGUUAAGAAUUGUUACUGUUCCAAAAAAAAAAAGGCGCAUAUUAUUAAAGUCAUAUUUAAGAUGAGAAGACUACAUGUACUUAAUCUAUGCUUCAUAUGUGUAAACUAUGUGUGCCUUUUGUCUUUUCUUUUUAAAAAGAUAGGUGAAUUUUCCACACACAAAAUAGGUGAAACAACAGUGGGUAAUUGCUAUGCUGGUCUAUGAAAUGGAAAGAGAAGCCUUGGGGUUAUCAGUUAUAAAAGAAUAAUAAGUACAAGUAGAUUAUUUAUAAAAAUGGAAAGAGGAACUUCAGGGGUUUCAAAUCUUACAAGAUGAUGUAGUCAAGAAUAACUAAUAAACUAUCAUAGUACUUGUAUAUGAAAUAAAGUUUUUUUUAUUUAGUGCAGAAAAACCUGAUAGAGAAUUAUAUAUGUAAUACAAGUAAGUCAUUGUAGUCAAGAAUAGAUAUUUUUCUUGCAAAGGUUCUUGUAUUUUACUAGUGCUUUUAUUAUUGUAGUAUUAUCGGAAACAGAAUACAUUUAAGCAGUGGCCUGCUUCCUAUCUCGGGAGGUUCAGAAUGAAUCUAGUGCCAGAAAUAUACAGUUGUUGUCUGCUUGUAAAUUAGUAUGUGCACAUGCGUAUUUAUUUUAUACCAUUUUGAUUGCGUGUAUAUUACACUUAACCAUUUUCAUUCAUUCUAGCAUAUUUUAAAUGGAUUAUUUUUAUCCAUUUUGUUCGUGCAUUUUUAGCUCACCUGUCACAUAGUGACAGGGUGAGCUUUUGUGAUCACCCUUCGUCCGUCGUCAGUGCGUCCGUCUCAUGCGUUCGUCAACAAUUUCUUGUCUGCACGAUAGUGCUUUCAUUUAUGAUUUGAUUUUAACCAAACUUGCACACAACUUGUAUCACCAUAAGAUCUCGGUUCCUUUCUUGAACUGGCCAGAUCCCAUUAUGGGUUCCAGAGUUAUGGCCCCUGAAAGGGCAAAAAUCAGCUAUUAUGACCAUGUCUGCACAAUAGCAGCUUUAUUUAUGAUUUCAUUUUUACCAAACUGGCACACAACUUGUAUCACCAUAAGAUCUUGGUUCCUUUGUUGAACCCGUCAGAUUUCUUAAUGGGUUAUAGAGUUAUGGCCCCUGAAAGGGCCAGAAUUAGCUAUUUUGACUUUGUCUGCACAAUAGCAGCUUCAUUUAUAAUUUUAUUUUUACCAAACUUGCACACAACUUGUAUCACUUCAGGAUCUUGGUUCCUUUCUUGAACUGGCUAGAUUCCAUUGUGGGUUCCAGAGUUAUGGCCCCUGAAAGGGCCAGAAUUAGCUAUUUUGACCUUAUCUGCACAAUAGCAGCUUCAUUUAUGAUUUGAAUUUAAUCAAACUUGCACAAAACUUGUGUUGCCAUAAGAUCUUAAUUUUCUUUGUUAAACCGGCCAGAUCCUGUAAUGGGUUCCAGAGUUAUGGCCCCUGAAAGGGCCAAAAUUAGCUAUUUUGACCUUGUCUGCACAAUAGCAACUUCAUUUAUGAUUUGAUUUUAACCAAACUUGCACGCAACUUGUAUCACCACAAGGUCUUGGUUCCUUUCUUGGACUGGCCAGAUUCCAUCAUAAGUUCCAGAGUUAGGUCCUUUAAAGGUCAAAAAUUGGCUAUUUUGGCUUUUGCAGCCAUUUUGAGACUUCAUUUAUGGUUUUAUUUGAUACAAACUUCCACAAUAUCUUCAACAACAAUAAAUCUUGGAUUCCAUGACAAAUCAGAUCUAAUCGUAGGUUUCAGAGUUAUUUUAUGCCUGAUUACCUCCCCUGAUUAUAGUCGAAAUGGAUUUAUAUCAGUAAGUACUUAUAGGACUUAUUUGAAAUUUCAUUAUUGUCAUUAGUUGCACUGAGCCAAUCAGGGUAGAUAACUAUGGAUUGAUUUUAUGUCAAAUUACCUUAAUUACUUUAUUUCAAAUUAAAAUGAAUAUAUCUCCGUAACUGAUGAAGAUACUGAUCUUAAAUUUCAUUUAUGUCAACAGAUUUAUUUGGCAGAUCCUUCUUUUGUUCACUUACAAUAAUUGUCUUUUAAAUUGCUUCCCUUUUACAUUACUAUAAAUAGCUUAUUUUUAGUAACUUCUUUAUUUUUGGCUGUAGGAAAAAACCGAGACCACUUUUCUGUGGUACAACAUGGAUGGUACCUCUAAUAUUUAGGUGUAUUUUGACAUAUCUGUACCUUGUAAGAAUUUUUUUUUCUUUUUGGUUAAAUUUCUUUCCUUUGUUGUUCCUGACCUUUAGGACUUAGAUAUUUUUUCUGAGGACCUUCUUGUCCUCAAGUGCAGUGAUAACAGGUGAGCGAUAUAGGGCCAUCAUGGCCCUCUUGUUCAAUAUUUCAUGCACUUCUAGAAGUUGGUGAUUGGUUGCUCCAAUUUUUUAUGGUGAUUUGAUUUGCAAGAUGGUGACGCCAUUUGCAAAAGGCGUGGACGUAACAAAAGGGGGAUUACUUUGUAAAAGAAACGUGGUCAUUUUCAUGAUAUCUCAUUGUAUCAAAUCAUAUAGUUUGAAUGUAAAACUGUAAAUAUGUUUUUAUUUAUGUGUAUGUGGUUUUUACAAGUAAUAGUUUUAUAUUAGAAUGAAUGUACAGUACAGAAUAUAAUAUAUUGGAUGUCUGUUAUUUAAUUUUCACAUGGAUGAUGCAGAGUGCUCAAUGCUUGUAAAAAAAACCAUUCAAUCAAAUCAAAAUAUUCGUAUUUUUAUAGCGUUUCCCAGAAAAAGGCAUUUGCUUCGAGUAUGAAAUCAAAAUCCAUGGACAUAUAAAAAAAGCAGUUAAGGUUGAUGUUAAAAGCAUAAAUGCAGUUUAAAUUGAUAAAGAUAACUCUCAAGCUAUUACAGGUUUUAAGGAGGUAGGUUACCUUAAUAUUUGUAUGUGCGCAUGCCCAACCGGAAGCUAACGUGACGAUUUACGACAACGUUUACGACAAACUAAAUGUGUUUGUAUAUCCAUUUAUCAGAAAAAAAUCAUGAACCUGUCUCCCAUCUGAUGCUUAAUGGUUUAAUAAUGCAAAAAUAAUGGAUAAAUUGCCGCAGAAACGCUUCAAAACAUUGUUGCUUUAAAAUGACGUCGUGACGUUACGUGUCAGUUACCGCGCAAAAUUAAUAGCUUUUAUUUUAAAGUACGUAAUUCUGUGCAUUUUCUUUAUUUGAACUAUUUUUAAACAGCCAUUAUUUGCUGAAAUAUUUUUUAUGUGUCUUUCGCUUUGAAUAAUAAUCAAUAUUUUGCUUCUUUUAUGUAGUUAUAUUGAAAUGUUAUGCGGAAUGUAAGAAAAUAAUGAUGGUAACCAAUGUUAUUGGGAAUAUAGCUGGGUGAAAGGUUACUUAAUACGACCAUUUUUAAAUAAAAAAAAUGGUAGUUUGAUUUGUAAUACCUAUUUUUCAGUUUCCGUUGAUAAUUUGUUACUUACAUAUUAAAACUAAGCUCUAGAAUUGUUCAAAUUUCAGUAGAAAAAUGUGGUUUCUUGAAUUAAAUUGAUGUUACCUUGGAAACGAAGCCCGUGACCUAUAUAUCUAAAUGUAAAAUUCAAAAGCGUUGGCACUGGUCUAUUAAAGGAACACAGCUUCGCCUUUUUAUUUGCAUUUCAACAAUAUCCAUAAUAAUAAUAGCAGCAUGCAGAACGAUUUUCCAUAAAAAAUAUCAGAGGAGGGGUACUGCUGUAAGUAUUUUAAGCUGUAAAAUUUGUUUAGAUAAAUGCAGAUAACACGAAAAUAUUACUUACGUUAUAAAUUAAAUGUUUUUAAAGCUACAUUAACAAGAAAUAUAAUCUUAUUAAAUAUUUUUUAUAAGAAACUGCGAUAAAAAGCUAGAUAUAAGCUAUUUUAAACAUCCCUGUUGCCAUGGUUACUUUAAACUUUAAGAAAAAUAGGGUACCAUGCAAAGCGCUUGGUAUUUUGCUAAUAAUAUUACCCAAAUAUUCCAUGUUGGUCAUUAACAGAAUGGCAUUGAAGCCGUCGAAAAACCUGUUUUCAUACAUAGUUGUUUAAAAAUGAGAGAAAAUGCGUUACCAUGGAAACACAAGCCCUGCGACAUAUACAUUUUAAACUUAUAUUAGAAAGCUAACGCGCAUACUAGUAAAAUUAUUAAUUAUGCAGACUUCUACGGAUAACAAUGAAACCAAAAUACACUGAAAACUGUUAAAUAUACGUAUUUUUCUUCUUCUUUCUAUAUAAAAUACCUUUGGAGGGUCAUGUUCUUCAAACCUGUAUAAAAAUUGUACUUGAAGGGCCAGAGAUAAACGAAAUUGAGAUUGUAGCAGUUAAAAUAUUAAAUUACAAGAAAUACAAAAAAUUGCUGCAGUUCAACUAAUUUGAAUUUAUUCUGGUAACAAGGUAACCUACCUCCUUAACAAAAUCAAAAAUUUUGGAAAUGAAAGGUUUGUGUAAUGUGCCAGAUUUUGCCUGCUAUCUUAUUUCAUAUCUUAAUUAAUAUUUCCUGAGUUCCCUUACAGUAAAUAUUUCAGUACUGUUUGAUAUGUUACCUUUAUUUCGAUAAUCUCAUUUAGAUAAAGAACAAGAAAUAUCAAAAGCUGAAGUAUACACAUAAUACUGGAUUCCUUUCUUAACCUUUAGGCUGCUGAAUUUCUAAAAUGAACUGGUCGAUCAUUUAAUGUGGGCAAUACCAUUUAUCAUUCGAAGGCAUGUCCACUGAAAAUUUACUGACAAUAGCAAACAGUGCAGACCAAGAUCAGCCUGCAACGACACUGUAGACUAUGAUUAGCCUGCACGUCCGUUCGUUCAGGCUGAUCUUGGUCUGCACUGGUUGCAAAGGCCAGCAGGCUAAAGGUUAAAUUGUGUGUGGUAGUGUUGUUUUAAUUAAGGACUGUCAAGUAUCACAAUUUCAUACCGUAAUAAUUGUAUUAAUGCUCUUAACAAUGAUAAAAUGCUCGAAAUAAAAAAAUAUCAACUGAA